AUGGCGGCACCUGAGCAAGUCAACUCUUCGACUUGCUGUCUUGUCCGGGCUGAACAGAGUGCCAGCCGGAUCUGGCAGUCCGUGACAGCUUCACGCACAAGUCUACACCGGUCUUCUCCAGACCAACUGCCUGCCUCGAGCAUCCCGCGGACAUCCCCGGAACGCCUCGCGCAGGCAUCGCCCGACUACCAUGGGCCGAGGACCGCCACGACGGUGCUCUACCUGGCCUACGGCUCGAACCUGAGCGCACACACCUUCCUCGGCGUCCGCGGCAUCAAGCCCAUCUCCUCGAUUAAUGUCUCGGCCCCCGGGCUCGAUCUGACCUUUGACCUGCCGGGGUUGCCGUACUCGGAGCCGUGCUUUGCCAACACGGCGCUCCGCAAGAUUCCCAAGCUCCCGCUGCCGGGCGACCCCCCGAUCAAGCCGCCGAUUGAUCUGCCCCCUCACGCCGAGAAUAUCUGCACGAACGACAAGUCGGGCGGCGUAGAGGCGGGACUAGGAGGGGGAGGACCCGACGUCUCAUUCCCGGCACUGCCGAUCCGGCGGCCGACCUGGAGCAAGGGCCUCUACGGCGUCGUCUACGAGGUGACGGCAGCAGACUACCGCAAGAUCAUCGCGACCGAGGGCGGAGGCACAUCCUACGCCGAGAUUGCGACGCUGUGCGUGGCGCUGCCGCCCGCCAUCCGGGUCCCCGAGCAGCCCCCGACGAUACCCGACACGAAGCCGUUUCUCGCCAAAACCCUCUACGCGCCGCGGCUGCCCAACAACGCGGAGCCGCCCGUCGACGACGACAAGAAGUGGUGGCGGAAAUUUCUGCUCCCCGUGCGCCGCGCCGAAGCCGACUAUGCCCAGCCCAGUCUGCGGUACCUGCGGCUGAUCCGUGAGGGCGCCGCUGAACACUUUCUGCCAUUCGAGUACCAGCAAUACCUACAGCGGCUCGAGCAUUAUACGAUUACCCGGCGUAAGCAAGAGAUUGGUCGAUUGCUCUUCUCGCUACUGUUCCUGCCUCUGCUUCUCUUGCUUGUCCUUGUGGGCAAAUUCGUCUCGGACAAAGAUGGCAAGCAUCCUCGAUGGCUGGCGGUUGUCAUGGGCGUCCACUUUAAUGUGAUGUGGAUGAGUUAUGACGCUUUCUUCAAGGAUACUUUUGGUGAUGGAGAGCGGACCAUGGAGGACGAGGAAGAUGAUGAAAAUGAUGUGACAAGGUCCAUGAGCAGGAGAAGUUGGUGGCACACGAGCAAUGGGGCGACGGGCGAGAAAAACCGUCUUCUUAACGAUUGGUGA